AUACUUAAGGCUCAUAAGAAAGCUAGAAUACUUGGUGAAGCGAACUUUACCAUGAACAAGGACUGUCUUGGCUACCACCCCCUUGAAAAGCAGAAGUCACGUUUCGCGCAAUUCACAAUAAUUCGCGACACUCGGUCCCAUUGUGUCAUUUGUGUUGGAGUUGAAUCACGUUAUUAUGGUUGGAAACAGAUGUAGAGCAAUUCUUUCGUGGAAAGUGCAAGAAAGUGGGCACUUACUAUAAUGUUGAAAGAAAUCGGCUGUAGGUUUACUCGCCAUGAACGUGAAAGACGAUGAAGGAGAAGGUGACGGAGGCGAAGAAAGCGAAUUGAAACGUUCAAGUCGAAAUUUGAACGAAAAGAAGCGCAGAGACCGGUUCAAUGUACUUGUACAAGAGAUAGCAGAAAUUGUAUUGCCGGAAAAUGAACGGAAGUUGGAUAAAACAACAGUGCUUAAACGCGCCAUAAACUUCUUACAGAAUCACCAAUCACAUAUUCGGUCUACUCCACGACCCAGCCGGCACUCCGCUUCGACGAAAUGGCAGCCGUCGUUCGUUACAGAUGGAGAAUUCAAUUUGAUAAUGUUGGAAGCCUCCAACUCUUUUACACUCGCAACUGAGAGUAACGGAAAAAUCACCUUUGCUUCUCAAAGCGUAUUGCCUCUGUUGGGCUAUCGUCCCGAACAAAUGCAGGGCACAAGCUUAUUAGGUUACUUACAUGAAGACGAUGCCUUGAGAAUUUUGCCACUGUUGUCGAGUGUUGAGAAAAAAACUUUACCCUCGGAGGGUGAGUCUUUCCAACUUAGAAUAAAGUGCGGAAAUUUCUACGCGAGAAAUACAUAUCAGGUUGUGGAGUGCAAAACAACCUUUAUCUCCCAGCAAAACUAUAUUGUUAUUGUAGGAAAAGUUCAUUACCCUCAACCAAACAAAGUAAAUGUCACCAGUGACUCUCAGUGUAAACAGUUCUCGUAUCGCCUGAGCAUGGACUGGAAAUAUGUAUAUCUUGACCACAGGGCUUCUUCUAUUAUUGGGUUUCUACCUUUUGAAUUACUUGGAACCUCUUUUUAUGACUACUGUAGUCCUGAAGAAGUUUUCAAUGUUUCUCAAUAUCACAAUGUUCUGAUUGGUCGCGGCCAGGUCACUACUUGUUACUAUAGACAUCUUACUAAAGGACAGUCUUGGGUUUGGCUUCAAAGUUGUUGUUACGUUUCCUAUAAUCAGUGGAACUCCAAACCAGAAUCAACUACUUGUACAGCCACUGUAGUACACUUUGAUGAAGUGUGUGCCAAUCAAAGCAAAAUAAUUCAGCGCGACAGAGAACACUUUAAGAAAUUCUUUUCUAAUGGUGAAAAUGAUUCCAUAUCAACAAGUCCUAGUCAAGGUCAUUCAACAUCUUUUCUUUGUGCACCGGAGGAACCAGAGAACCAACAAAUUAAUUUUAUACCAGAGGAAAGUGUAGAUGAAGCCACCAUGUCUUCUGAGCAGAACAAAAACAGAAAAGUCAGUUUGUCACCCCGUCUCCUAAGCUGUUUGAUAAAAACACCCAGCGACCAGUUAAUAGAGGUCCUAAGCAACCAUAGUGGAUUGGAUUCAGAGGAGGAAGUUAAAAGCAGUGAAUUAGAAUGGCUGGAUAAUGUUGAAAUUCCAUCUGGUCUAAGCAGUGUGCAACUGACAACACACUUUAAAUUGGUGAAAGAGUAUCAGAAAAUUGCUGAACAAAUCAGGAAACAAGAAAGACAACUGAAGAUGAUCAGGAAACUAAUUGAGUGGAGCAGCUUACUGUUAGAGUUUGACAGCAAUUUUAGAGUGACUGGAGAUUCAUCUGCUGACUCAAUAUCAGUCUCCUCUUCUAAUGACAGCUAAUAAAAAUUUCUUCUAAUCAGGUACAUAUAUUUUAUUUAAGGACACUGGGCACUUGAAUGUAUAUUUCUGGUUGGUAGAGUAUUCCUGGUUCCUAUUCCAGACCUUGUUUAACUGUAAUACUACAAACCUUAA